GUCGAACCAUCUCCGUGCGGCUAGAAAUUCAACAUCUGGACGCGAUCAUCUACGCGGGCAGCCAAGCUCGUCUGCACGGGAGACGAGUGGAUCUCUGGCUCCUACUACACUUGGAAGGCGUAGAAACUUCGAAUACAUUGCCUCGGUCAGUCGAAGCAGCGGCCUUGAGAGAGACGGAGAUGCGUCAGGCUGAAAGACCAUAAAAUACAAGAGGAGUAUCAUAUCUUUGUAGAGGAAAAGUUGGAUAAAUUUUGGAAGAAGUACUCCGAAGACAUCGAUUGCCAUGUCUCUCGCGUUCAAAAAGAGAGGACUGAGGUACAAGAUAAUCUGCUCAUAUUGUUCCGAAAACUAAGAGAAGGGAUCUUCUCGUCGCGCCGGAAAGAUUUAUUUGCGAUACAAGGUGUGUAUCAAUUUUACUGGUAUUCACUGUCACUUAGUCUGUCAAAUCUCUAGUCUACGAAACAUCGCUCUACUUGUCAGUGAUAUUCUCCUCUUGGGAUCAGACGACAUCUAUCCUCUCGCAUCUCCUUCCUGACCUCUAUGCAUCUAUGCCCUCUCUCGCCUCGGCGUCAUCACCCACUCACCACACCACAAUGGUCUUAGCUCUCCUUCAUAAGCUCAAUGCUUCAUAUCCUUCUCAACGUGCUUUCCUCGAGCUUUUGAACGACCCUAUCCCGUCUGCACCCUGGAUCAGGCUCUCGGCGACGAUGAACGCAUGGGCUCACAAUGUCGCUCGUUGUCUACGCAGGAACGACUACCUCACAUUCAACGAACUCACGCGGCGGACUGCCAUUCCCCGACUGUCGUGUUCUUCGAAGUCAGAUUCAUCUUCACACAUAUCAGCCACACCUGAUCUCGCGAAGAAGGCAUUGUAUACCCUCCUCGAGAGCCUGCGCUUUAAAGCUCGCAUCUCGGCGUGGCGUGUGCUCCGCAGCGCAUACCCACAAUUUGCGUUGCCUGUGGGCGAUACUCGUACAUGGCUCUCACGCACGCUGCUGCUCGAUCACGAAAUUGUAACAAGCAGCGAAGGGAAGAAUGGUCAGGAAGGGGCGGAAAAGCUCACUAAAUCAGAGCUAGAGCUCUGGUUUACGGAACGGGAAAAGCUCCGAGAAGUUGGGAGGAAGGACGGAUUCGAAGGAAGGUGGGUGGUCGAGAUAAAGAGAUAGUACGUGUUUGGAUCUUUCAUAUCUCAACUCAUGUAUUAUAUGGGAAUCGUGCUGUACCAUCGUACCAAGUUGCGAUAUGUGUAAGGGAGACUCGAAGCAGGACGGAAGAAUACAUUAAAGAACUACAACAACC